AUGUAUUCGCAGGUCGAACAGGAUAUUCAAAAAAAGAUCGAGCGUGAGCAUAACAUCAUACAAGGUGCAUCGAAUCUGAAAAAGCGGACUGAUAAUGCUAUGGUCAUCCAGAAAUGUAAUACGAACAUUCGUGAGGCUCGUCAGAAUAUUGAGUAUCUGGAAGAGACUUUGAGGAAAUUGUACCUUUCGAAUGACAGGCAAACACAUACGCAGGAGACUGCAGAUUCGCGAGGAAAUGGGCCGAAAGGAUAUCGUCACUUGUCGACAAUAUCUCCCGAUGAACAUAUCUUCUCGCGUUUAGAUCUGAUAAAGUACGAUUGUCCUUCGUUAUCACAAAGAAUUCAAUAUAUGCUCCAACAGUUGGAAUUCAAGCUACAAGUUGAAAGGCAAUACCAGGAAGCAAAUGCUAAAUUGACUAAAUUGUACCAGAUCGAUGGUGAUCAACGGAGUAGUUCAGCGGCAGAGGGAGGAGCCAUGGAGUCCAAGAAUAGAAUCCAGAUGCUGACCAAAGCGCUUAAAAAGUACCAGGCUAUUAAUGUGGAUCUUGAUCCAGCUAAACCACAUGACGCUGAUUCCCUCAAUCAUCAGCCAAAAUUCAGGAGAAAACAAUUGACGGGAGAACUCACCAUAGGCGUUACUGCAAUAAGAGAUGUUGACCACAUUGAAUCGCCCAUGUUCUCCAGAAAGCCAGACACUUAUGUUAGUAUCAAGAUUGACGACACGGUAAAAGCUAGGACCAGAGCAUCUCGUAACGACAGAUGGCAUGAGGAUUUCCAAAUUCAAGUUGGUAAGGGCAAUGAAGUAGAAAUUACAGUUUAUGACAAGAUCAACGAUACGCUCACCCCAGUUGCCGUUAUGUGGCUGCUGUUAUCAGAUAUCGCCGAAGAAAUUAGAAAGAAGAAGGCUGGUCAAACAAGUGGUCAAAGCGGUUGGGUUAAUGCCCGAGUUUUGAGCACCUAUAAUACGCAAGGUGAUACUUCAGUGGAUUCUAACAUUCCAGUGGACGAUCGCAGAACACUGCAACAUCCUGGAUCGGAUGUCGGUGCAGUUUCAGAUCCAAAUUCAGCCGAGCUCUCCAGUAAGGUUACAACUAACACCUGGUUUACAAUGGAGCCGGCUGGCCAAAUUCUCCUAACAUUAGGUUUCAACAAAUCAUCUCAGCCUCAAAGAAAAAAUUUGAUGGGUGGGUUGCAUCGUCAUGGUGCCAUCAUCAGCAGACAAGAGGAUAUUUAUGAGCAGCAUGGUCAUCACUUUGUUCAAAAGUCAUUCUACAAUAUCAUGUGCUGCGCUUACUGUAGUGAAUUCCUGAGAUACACUGGAUUUCAAUGUCAGGACUGUAAAUUUCUUUGUCAUAAAAAGUGUUAUACGAACGUGGUGACCAAGUGCAUUGCCAAAACAACCACCGAUAGUGAUCCUGAUGAAGCCAAAUUAAACCACCGCAUACCUCACAGGUUCGAACCCAUUUCUAAUCGGGGUACUAAAUGGUGUUGUCACUGUGGUUAUAUCUUGCCAUGGGGUCGGCAAAAGGUACGCAAGUGUACUGAAUGUGGCAUUAUGUGUCACACACAAUGUGCUCAUCUCGUUCCUGAUUUUUGUGGGAUGUCUAUGGAGAUGGCCAACAAAAUUUUGAGGACGAUACAAGACACGAAGAGAUCACAAGAAAAGAGGAAGAGAUUGCCUAGCUCUCUUCAAACUGAAGGUUCGGCUUCCACUAAAGUAUCUAGAGAUACUUCUCCAGUCAAGCAUAUCGAAAAACAACUACCGUUAGAACCUGUAGAACUCUCUAAUGGUGGUGGUACGCCGGUAUACGCUCCCCAUUUAAGGAAGCCUCAACCUCAUCCAGAGAGACAGUUAGACCUUGAUAAAAAAUUGAACUCAUUCAUUGAUCAGAACGAAUCCUAUUUAAACUUCACUGAAAAUGCACAGAAGGCUUAUGAUGAUUCUGAAACUAGAACUCUAGAUCCAUUUGCCUCUGAUAUACCAGAAGUUUUCAAUCCAUUUGAUUCUAAUAAGACAAAAAUCGAUAAUACCAGGGAUCAUUGGAAGCAGAAGGAGCAAUUGAUGCAUGAGGAAGCUCAAAAGUUGCAACAAGAUGUUGAUGUCGACAUGAAUGCAGUUAUUCCCCGUACUGAGAUAACUAAAACAGAAGUCGAACCCGUUCGCGUUGAACCCGAACAUCAGAUUGUGGAUGAAGAUGCCUUCAGCAGAGCCGAGAAAACCUCGAUAUCCACAGAGGUAGAGCAUUCCAAUCCAUUCCGCGAGAUGAAUGAUGAAGCAUUCCAAAGAGAACAGCAUCAAGUUUCCACCGAGCUUUCUGCAGAAAGCAGCUCUUUGAUACAGACGGAAACUCACACGUCAAAAGGCAGUGUUCAGUCAUCUCCAAAGAAGGCUCAUGCCACAAUUAGACAUAGGAGAAAGGCUCCAAAACGUCGUAAAGUUUCGUUGGAUGAUUUUGUUUUGCUAAAAGUUUUGGGUAAAGGUAACUUUGGUAAAGUCCUAUUAUCUAAAUCCAAGAAUACAGACCGCUUGUGUGCGAUUAAAGUGCUAAAGAAGGAUCACAUAAUCCAAAAUCAUGAUAUAGAGAGCGCCAGAGCUGAAAAGAAAGUUUUCCUCUUAGCAACGAAAGCCAAACACCCGUUUUUGACCAACUUAUACUGCUCUUUCCAGACAGAAAAUCGGAUCUAUUUUGCGAUGGAAUUCAUCGGUGGUGGUGAUUUGAUGUGGCACGUUCAAAAUCAGAGAUUAUCCGUGAGAAGAGCGAAAUUUUACGCUGCUGAAGUACUUCUGGCACUCAAAUAUUUCCAUGCGAACGGUGUUAUCUACCGUGAUUUGAAGCUAGAAAACAUUUUGCUAACGCCCGAAGGUCAUAUCAAGAUUGCCGAUUAUGGUUUGUGUAAGGACGAAAUGUGGUUUGGCAACAAAACUUCGACUUUCUGUGGUACUCCAGAAUUUAUGGCUCCUGAGAUUCUGAAAGAACAGGCAUACACCAAAGCUGUGGACUGGUGGGCGUUUGGUGUUCUUUUAUAUCAAAUGUUAUUAUGCCAGUCACCAUUUUCAGGUGAUGAUGAGGAUGAAGUUUUCAAUGCGAUCUUGACUGAUGAACCUUUGUACCCCAUCGAUAUGGCCGGUGACAUCGUGCAAAUUUUCCAAGGCCUACUAACCAAGGAUCCCGAGAAGCGUCUAGGAGCUGGUCCUCGGGACGCUUUGGAUGUGAUGGAGGAGCCCUUCUUCCGCAAUAUAAAUUUUGAUGAUAUUCUAGAACUUCGCGUUCAACCACCCUACUUGCCUGAAAUAAAAUCUCCGGAAGAUACAUCUUACUUUGAGCAGGAAUUCACAUCUGCAGCUCCGACACUGACUCCGAUGCCCUCAGUACUGGAUACAAGACAGCAAGAAGAAUUUAGAGGCUUCUCAUUUAUGCCCGACGAUCUAGAAUUAUAA